AUGUCAGAGUUCAAGGAACGCAAGCUUGUCACCGACCCUCAGAAAGCCUUUCAUUUCACGGAUCUUCAAAGACUAAAGCCAACUCGUGCGAACGACCCAUACGACUACCAACCAGGAUGGGGCAACCGACAUCAGUCUGAAGUCAUUCCAGGAACGUUGCCAGUUGCGCAAAACAACCCUCAUGAAGUUCGAUUCGGACUGUACACAGAGGGCAUCACAUCCUCAGCAUUUACGGCUCCACGCCACCAGAACUUCAGUACCUAUAUGUACCGCUGCCGGCCAGCGGCUGCACACAAUGGAUAUAUUCCGAUUGAAUCAAAAUCUAACAUUCAAAAUUGCUUUCUCUCCCUCAAUCCCAAAGUCGCAACACUUCCCGAGCAAGCAGAAUGGCACCCAUUUCCGCUACCGAAGGAAGACGAGAAGAUCGAUUUUGCGGACGGACUGCAUACCCUUGCAGGCAGUGGAGAUCCCAACAUUCGAGAAGGGCUUGCUCUCUACGUGUACAUGAUUAAUUCGAGUAUGGAACGGCGAGCGUUCUGUAACGCAGAUGGCGAUUUCCUCAUCUGUGCGCAGCAGGGUAACCUUGACAUCAAGACUGAGAUGGGGAAGAUAUUUUUACAGCCUGGCGAGAUUUGCGUCAUUCAACGAGGUAUCAGGUUCUGUUUGAACCUAGCACCGGAUACUAAAGAAGCACGGGGUUACAUAACUGAGAUUUGGGGAUCGACGUGGGAGCUCCCAGAUCUCGGUCCUCUUGGCGGCCAUGGUCUUGCGAAUCCUCGCGACUUCCUCUACCCGGUUGCUGCCAUUGAUGACGAGCUUCACGUCGACUGGCAGAUCGUGAACAAGAUCAACGGACAGUUGGUCUCCAUACAGCAAGACCAUAGCCCCUUCGAUCUCGUUGCAUGGCAUGGCAAUGUCGUGCCGUACAAAUACGACCUAACCAAGUUCUCCUCACAAAACAGCACGUCGAUCGACCAUACGGACCCAUCGAUCUUUAUUGUUCUGACCGCCAAAUCCCGGGAUCCCCUUACGCCUUUGGCAGACUUCCUAUGGUUCGGGCCUCGCUGGGAUGUGGCUACGAAUACUUUCCGACUACCUUAUUUCCAUCGCAACUCUGCAUCUGAGUUCCUUGCAUGCAUCUAUGGGAAAGGCUUGGGGCGAAGCGAUGACUUUCUGCCUGGAGGCGGUAGCUAUGAGGGAGGGCAUACACCCCACGGUGGGUUUCACGAAGGGUACCAGCAUGGCAUGAGGAUACAAGAGAGCCAGCCAGAGAAGAUCUUGCAAGAUCAAUUGACUAUUAUGGUCGAAUCAAGCCGACUCUUCCUCUGGACGGAGUACGCUCGUAAGGGUUGCGGGACGAUUGACACUCACGGUACAGACUACAAAGUUUGGAAGGGCCUUCCGGAUCGAUUCUCCGCGAACAAAAGAGCUCAGGAACUGCUCGCUCGAGUGCACGAGGACAAGAUUGCCGAGAAGCGACGGCUCGCUCCCUACUACUUUGGCGGUUUCGCACAUGGCGCAAACACUAGCGAUGCGGAAGGUGUUCAUUCAGAAGAGCUCGAGCCGUACCUGCGCCGUGAUUCUAAGAUCAAUGGACAGAAUGGGACGAAUGGGACUGGUGAGACUCAUGGGAUCACGGCAUGA